AUGUCUUCUAUUCUAUUUUGGAAUUGCAGGGGAGCAAGAAAGAAGGAGGCUUCCUUGUAUUUGAAAGAAAUUGUUAAGGAUCAUGAUGUGUUUUUUGUUGGGCUUAUGGAGACAAAGUUAUCUAGCAUUGAUAGAAAGGAGGUUGAUUAUCUUAUAGGGAGUGAGUGGGAGUUUUUUCACUACCCUGCUGUUGGUACAUCUGGUGGUAUUCUGGUGCUUUGGAAUAGCAAGAUGGUGACUUUUGAUGUUAUAGAGGCCACUUCACAGGUGGUCAUUGGCAAUCUCUUAGUUCCCACCUUAGGAACUUGGAGAAUUGCUAGUGUUUAUGGUAGUAGGUGCUGCAAGGAGAGGAGUGAUCUUCGGAUGCAGUUUACUUUGUGUAACAACAAGGAGGGUGCUUCUCGAAUAUGGGAAAGGUUGGACAGUGGUUUGGCUUCUGAUCAUUGUCCAAUAGUCAUUAAGAUGGAUGAGAAGGUGCAGCUCAAGUCUAAGAUUAUCAUAUUUGAGGAUACAUGGAGGUCUUAUCCUGCAGCCAAGAAUAUUGUUUUUCAUUCUUGGAGCAAGAAGGAUUCAGGUGAUGAGUUUGUGACCCUACAAAGGAAGCUUAAUCGCACUCUAAACGCUUUAUUUUUCUGGAAUAGGAACAAAUAUAAAGAUUUAAAUUUGCUAAAGGAUAAGUUGAAAGAAAAAAUCCUUGAACUUCAAAACAAGGAAGCAUUGGGUAUCAAUUGGUCGGUUGAUGAUUUGGUGGUUCUGAGAAAUAAAGUCCAUGAACUUAAUGUCACCUUGAAGAGGCUUUAUACUUGGUGGAAUCAAAGGGAAAAUGCUAGGUGGCAUGAGGAAGGUGAUACAAAUUCCAAUUUAUUCCAUAGCUAUGCCACGGCUAGAAGGAAAGGGAACAGGAUAACUCAAAUCAAAGAUGAGCUAAGCAAUGUUUUUGAUGAAGAUGAGCAAAUUGAGAAGGUUUUCAUCAGUUUUUUUGAAAAAAAGUGGAAAUACAGGGAGUGUAAAGUUUCGGGAUGGCCUGCAGUUUUUCAAAACCAGAAAAUUUCAGUUAAUGAUUUGGAAGUGAUUAAUGCAGAAUUCUCAGUUGUUGAACUGCAUAAUUCAGUUUUUCAGCAGGGCAACAACAAGUCUCCCUGGUUAGAUGGAGUCACCUAUUCCUUCUACAAGAGCUAUUGGAGUAUUGUGUGGGAGACUCUUUGGAAGGCAGUCAACUGUUUUUUUUAA